CCGGAGCAGACGACCGGUCCGCUGGAUCUGCUCGAGGAUGCUGCGCGAACGCGGCGCCAUCGGUGCAAUGCUCCACUUUGCCAGAGACCCCUCGCCCAUUGACCGAAGCCACCAAACGAGAGUCAGCGGCGGGCCAGCGUCCAGCACCUUCCCAGUGCAUCGGCUCCAACUCUCCAAUAUGUAACCUGCUGGCUUCCGCGCGUCGCGUCGAAAUCUCCCACACCUCCUCCCCGCGCACUCACACGACAGCAUCAUGGCGUCUUCAUCCUCUCAGAAGCCUUUCGAGGGCAUCGGCUUGCACCAGCAGGAUAGCGCCGUACAUCUAGGGGACGACGCGCCUUCCUCGUACCCACAACAACACGCCCCUGUACACCACGCAACGCCACAAGACUCCGAAGCUUCCCCCGUAGACGACGAUGAUGGUCUUGGCUUCUCGUCCGACUCAGCCUUCGACAGCGGCAGCCUCCUUGGCGACGAGACCGAUUCGCUAGCCUCGUCUAUCCUCCACCACCGCAUGGAAAAUGGCAGGCAGUACCACGCAUACCGCGACGGCGCAUACUGGGGACCGAAUGAUGAGCUGGCCAAGGAAAUACUGGAUUUCGCGCACCACAUGUACCUCCUGACGCUCGACCAGAAGCUGCAUCUCGCGCCGCUGGUAAACCCACAGACGAUAUUAGAUUGCGGCACAGGAACCGGUAUAUGGGCCAUUGACAUGGCCGACCAAUACCCCUCCGCAACCGUAACAGGAACCGACCUUUCCCCCAUCCAACCCGAAUGGGUCCCCCCAAACUGCCACUUCGAAAUCGACGACGUCUCGCUCGAAUGGACUUUCCCACCCAACCACUUCGACUUCAUCCACAUCCGCGAACUCUUCGGCUGCAUCCCCGAUUGGGAUUUCUUCUUCCAGCAAGCCUACAAGCACACCAAACCGGGUGGCUGGAUAGAAAUAGUAGAGCAUUCCGUGUGUCCUACAUCUGACGACGGAAGCAUGGGGCCAGACCACUUCUACCAUACCUGGGGGAAAGUAGUCGUGGAGAUGGGCGAUCGAUUUGGCAAGACUUUUACGAUUUGGGAGGAGAGUGCCGAGAGGAUACGACGAGCGGGGUUUGUGGAUGUGACGGUUAUGGAGUAUAAGUGGCCGAUGAAUGGGUGGCCGACGGAUAAGAAGUUGAAGAAUAUUGGGAGGUGGAAUCAGUUGCGGUUGAUGGAUGGGGUGGAGGGGUUUAUGUUGAGAUUGCUGACGCAGGUUGGCGGGUGGUCCGUCGCACGAGCUCAAUUGCAUCUAGCGCAGAUGCGCAAGGAGUUGAAAAGCUACCGGACGCACGCGUACUUGCCCGGAACGGUCGUUUACGCUCGGAAGCCCAUGAAGUGAAAGAUGGGCAUGUUGCAUCGACCUCACACACUCCGAGAUACGGCUCCACGCUCGGGCUCAACUCUUCCCAGUAUCUAGAGACGAACCGGCUUGACUGCGAUUGCAACGACUCUGGCGAGUAGCCUUGGAACCAGCGCGUAUCUCUACCCAUCACACAUAUGCAACAGCAUGAUGGAAUGUCAUGAAGGAAGCAUGUCAUUGGAUAUCGGAUCUACACAGAUCAUGAAUCUUUUUGAGGAGAAGAGGAACCGGCUCCAGUUUCGGACGUGAAUACCCGAAUUUCCGCAGCCUUAUCCAGCUUCCAACAUAGUGGUCAGAAUUGCCAUCAUGGCUCAUCGACACACGACGACCGUUCAC